AGUAAGUGAGAAAAAAUUAUGUUGGAAACCUUGAGAGAAAAAAAAAGUGUAGAGUCAUAGUAGAUUGCUAAAUACCUUACAAAAAAAAACAGAAGAGCCAGUUGAUGUUUAAUUGAAACCUUGGCUAAAUUUUCCCGAAACCGUAUACUUUAUAAAUGAUCAAAAAGUAUAAAAAAGCACACAGUGAACAUAACUUUGUCAAAUAAUUCUGAAAAGAGUGGGGGGUGAAUUUUAUUGAUUUUAUUACCUGUUGACUUUCCUAUCGCUAAUGAGUUCCGAGUCUCUUAUAGCAGAACAUCGAGAACAAUCUGUUGGACUUCUGAGAAACAACAUGGAGGCUAGAGCAGAACAUCAGAAAGUUCGACAUUAUCAAACAUUUUACUCCUUCACUACUUCUAUGGGAGUAGGUUUGCUGGCGUUGGUUCUUUUUUGGAUUUUGUACUACAGAAGUGGCUUUGCAUGGCAAAAGACACCUUCACAGGAGUUUUAUUGGCAUCCUUUCUUGAUGGUAUUGGGAAUGGUAUUUUUGUAUUCUCAAUCAAUGCUUGUCUACAGAAGCUUAAGACAUGUUCCAAAAAUGAAACUUAAAAUUAUCCAUGCCUCCCUUCACGGUCUUGCUUUCAUCUUAUCAGUUAUUGGACUGAAAGCUGCUUUCGACUCUCACAACUUGGUCGAUCCUCCGAAACCAAAUUUAUACAGUCUUCAUUCCUGGAUUGGUUUGGCCACUGUUAUAAUUUUUGCUCUACAAUUUUUAAUCGGAUUUCUGAGUUUUCUCUACCCAGGAAUUUCAAUCAACCUCAGAAAAGCCCUAAUGCCUGUUCAUACUUCUUUUGGAAUAGGAUGCUUCAUCCUGGCCAUUGUAACAACAUUAACUGGGGUAACUGAAAAAGUGUUAUGGACACUGUCAACUGACUAUCAGAAGUAUCCUUCAGAAGGUAUCUUAAUCAACUUGAUCGGUGUAUUUACUGUAUUCUACGGUGUAAUGGUUUUGUAUAUGGUGAAUGAAAUGGAUUAUAAACGAGUUGCAACUGUAGAGGAUGACAUUCCCCUUUCUGAAUAAUAUAUUUAAUUUAUCUUGUAUGCAAUAUCAUCCGCAUAAAAGUCACUCAUUUUAUUUACUCCUAUACUGAUGCAGUAUCAGAAUCAUAGACUAACUGAUGACUUGAUGCUGAUAUAUGUAUUAGAACUUGUUUCAAUUUGCUCAUGUUAGUUGAAAAAAUCAACCCACAAUUUUAUUCUAUUUUUGAUUGUUAUUUUUACAAAACUAUUGCCUAAGUUUGAUAAGUGAUAUUAAGUUAUUGAAAAAAUACAUUUCAGAAGAUAUCUGACUGUAAAAAUGUGUCUUGCUGAAACUAUUCCAAAAAAAUAAUGGUGCUUCAGGUGUAAUAUUUGUGGUGCUCAAUAUAUAUCGAUGGUGCUUACAGAAAAUGAUAUCCAUUAUAUAAUAUUUGUGUAUAUAAGUAAAUGUAUUGAACUGAAUGUGUUUCAAAAUAUACUAUGUACAUUAUCGAAUCUUGUUAAACCUUUUCAUUAUUCUUGAUAUAUAUUUUAUGUACAUUCUAUUUUUACAUAUAGUAAAGAUAUAUUUAUUUUUAUUCUAUCUGCCGACAUUUUAUAUUUUAUGGUGUCUUGUCUUGUGAUAUAAAUAUACAAAUAAAA